GGGAAGCGGUUCCGGGGCCGGGAGGGAGGUGCCGUGCCUCGUGUGACAGCGGCUCCAAGGGGAAGCGGGGGCGGAGCCGUGCGGGGCGCGGACAGGCCCGCGGAGGUGGCAGCGGCGGCAGCACCGGGUGGGCCCCAGCCAUGGCCGACGACCUGAAGCGGUUCCUGUACAAGAAGCUGCCGAGUGUUGAAGGUCUUCAUGCUAUUGUAGUCUCAGAUAGAGAUGGUGUGCCUGUUAUCAAAGUUGCCAAUGAUAAUGCUCCAGAACAUGCACUGCGACCUGGCUUUUUGUCCACCUUUGCCCUUGCCACAGAUCAGGGCAGUAAGUUAGGACUCUCUAAAAACAAAAGUAUCAUCUGUUAUUACAAUACACACCAGGUGGUGCAGUUCAAUCGCUUACCUUUGGUAGUGAGUUUCAUUGCUAGCAGCAAUGCCAAUACAGGGCUGAUUGUAAGUUUGGAGAAGGAGCUCACACCCCUGUUUGAAGAACUGAGACAGGUUGUUGAAGUUUCUUAACCUGAUGGUAUAGCCAUCAAUAAUCGCCAGUGAAAUAACACUACUUGGAAGAAAUACCACAGCUGCUUAGUAUACUAAGUAAGAGUAAAUUGUACAUAGUACUGAAUCUGAAAUGAUCUGCUAGUGUGUUGUAGGUGGAUGUUACUUUAGGCCAUGCUUCUUGUAUUGUGCAGUACUGGAGAGCCCACCAAAAUAGCUCCCAUGGAGUUUAGCUGAGCCAGGUCGGUGCAAUGCCCUUGGCUCAAAGGAGCAACACCCAGAUCUCUUCCUUUACAGGGCACCAGGCACAUGGCAGGGGGUGUCCUCAGGCCAGCCACCACUACGUGUGGGAAAGCAGAUCAGGUGGAGAGAGUGAGCAAAGACGAUUGGAGGCAUUGUGAGAGCAAGUGUGUUAGUGGUGAUGUGUCGGUACAAUCGGUCAAUAUCCCAUAUUUCUUACACAAUGUGUACUUUGGCAAGGGAGUGCUACUAAUCUGGAUGCUAGCUGCAUCCUGCUUCCACUAGAAAGAAAGCUGUUUCUAUGGAAUCUGCUGCUUUAGGGAUUUUCAUGAUGCAUAGCUAAAAGCACCCAAACGAUGUCUCACUUCUUCAUGGGGUUUUUGUGUAAUAUGGUUGUGAAGAUCUCAUGUCUCAGUCUUUGUGUGGGUUCAUCACUGGCGACACUCUCAGCUUAUUUACCCUUAGGUUUUCUGAAGUAAAUAAAUAUAAAUAAAAUACAGUAUUUUUAAAUGACA